AUGAUGCUGCCUCCCAUGGCUCUGCCCAGAGUGUCCUGGAUGCUACUGUCCUGCCUGAUGCUCCUAUGUCAGGUGCAAGGUGAAGAAACCAAGGAGAAGUCUCCUGCUCCACGGGUCAGCUGUCCCAAAGGCUCCUAUGCCUUUGGCUCCCACUGCUAUGCCUUCUUUAGGACACCGAAAUCCUGGAAUGAAGCAGAUUUGGCCUGCCAGAAGCGACCCUCAGGAUUCCUUGUGUCUGUGCUCAAUGGGGCUGAGGCCUCCUUCUUGGCCUCUCUGGUCAAGAACAACUUGAACGCCUACUCAUAUGUCUGGAUUGGGCUCCAUGAUCCCACACAGGGCUAUGAGCCCAAUGCAGGAGGAUGGGAGUGGAGUAAUAAUGAUGUGAUGAAUUACUUUGCCUGGGAGAGAGACCCUGCCCUCAUUGCAAACCCUGGCUACUGCGGGAGCUUGUCACGAAACUCAGGAUAUCUGUCAUGGAAAGAUUAUAACUGUUAUGAGAAGUUACCCUAUGUCUGCAAGUUCAAGGGUUAG